AUGUCAACCACACAGACGACCUAUCAACGCUCUCGUUACACCGCCUCUCAAGACGCUCAAGAGUCUACCUUCGGUAUGUCUGGUCUGUCUAUCAACACAUCGGGCACGGCGACGCCGACUCAUGGCAAAUCUUACUUCCCACCUUACCCUUCUCGCCGAUCUUCAGGUAUAUCUGAUUUCGGGUCACCCACGAGCCCCUUCCACGAAAAACGACUCUCGCUUGGUGAUGGUGCAAUCUGGAAUGGUCAACAAUUCGUUUCUCCGACUUCACCGGAAUACGUCUCGUCGACUUCACCUACUUCACCCAAGUCACCGUCUGCUCUAUUAGAAAGGCCUUAUAGACAUAUGAUGGAACCGACUUCGCCAACGGAAGAGACGGAUGAAGAGGCGAACUGUGCUUUCAAUCAGUUGCGGACGAAAUCCAUGGUUCGGAGACAAUCACUAUUGAGGACGAUGAGUUUCCCCGAUCAAGAAAAGGAAGUUUCGCACUCCAACAAUGGCGACGAUGAGGCCGAGGCCAAGACCGCCGACCAAUCGCGAGAUGAUCCAAAAUCGGAGCGAACGAUGAGCUCCCCUGUCAUUCCACCUGUCACGGAAAGUCCCGCCUCCUCCGCACCGCGUACCACGACCUUUACGGAUGCGCCCGAUAAUCGCUGGCGAGACGUCAUGGGAUACGGCAAGGAGCCAAGCGUACUCCCGUUGAAUUCUGAACACAUUGAUCCCCAUCGUGGGGGUCCCUUCGUCCUAUAUAGAACGACCAAGGAUGGAGGAGAAGGGUCAAAGACUUCGAAAAAGGCUUCAAAGGCGUCUCCGAAAACAGACUCAAGACGUGAUUCACAGGAUGAGAAAAUUAGCGUGACAAUCCCCCCCAAAUCUGGCGGAUCCAGUACACCAUCACCGGGAAGGGGUGGCUCAUUUAGGGUCCUGGAACGUGCACCAUCCAUAGCACUGCUUGCCGGUCAAAUAGUGUCUGCCCCAUCGUCCCCCACUCAGACUCAACACGGGACAUCUAAUGUGCCUGGCACGUCAUCCUUGAGGCGGAAACCUGAGGAUGGUACAAAGACAAGUCAUGAUUCUCAGGACAGCCCAACAUCUGGCCCGACAGAAAUGGAACAAUCUCGAGUGUCGUCGCCGUGGACUGGUGUCUUGAAAGCGUCUGAGAGUGGUCCGUCAGAUGGUGCAGCCGCUCCGGACACCACGACUGGCCUCGGGACUGGGGAGGCCACCACGUUCUUUGGUGUGCUUUCCGAAGAAACGAAAGAUGUUGACGACGAUCCGAGUUCAUCGGUCGGCGAGUUAACACUGCUUUCGAGCGGAUGGCGUGGUUAUGAUCCGUCCGGACGUCGAGGUGGAGAUGUGGUGAGAAAGUUGAAAAUAUCAGAUGACGCCUUGACCGCCGUGCCCACCGCAGAGGAUACCAAUGGGUUCUCUGGAGAUCUCCCUGUCAAUGACAGUGGGAAAGAUGAUUAA